CUGGAUGCGGAUAGAUACAGAGGGGAAGCAGGGGUGGGCGGGGCGAUCAUGAGACUACGGGACGGAGAGAUGUGAUCGGAGCUGGAGAUGUGACCAGAGAGGGGAGAAGAGGCAGCACUAUGAUCGGGGGCCCCGGGAUCCUACUACUCCCCCUGCUGGCCGGGCUGGGAUCUGCAGUGUCAGAUUUGGAACCACCAAGUGACAUUUGGAUCAGGAAUCAGAAAGGAAAUCUUUCAGCAACCUGGAACUGGAAAAUGGACUAUGACAACAUGGAAGUGAAUUUUACUGUGUUUUAUCAAGAGUUUGGGAUGGCAGCCAGUGAAAUUCCUGGAUGUGUUCACAUUGAAGAACCUGAGUGCAAUAUUCCUUCUGAAUUAUUGGAUUUCAGUAAAAAUUACACGCUGCAUGUGAGAGUUGAAACGCCUCAAGGAAACGAGCAGUUUGGUUCUGUAAACUUCCAGCCAAACCUCACUGAAUGGCCUCCAACCCCUACUCUUUAUGUGGUGCCUAGUGAUGGGCUUGUUAAAGGCGAUAUUUCCACUCCAGUACAUCCCGUAGAUGCAAAAUAUAUUGUAGUUCUUCAACACAUGAACAGCGGUGUAGAGACGGAAAUAAGACCCCCCCUGAGCUCUUUUCAGAUACUGUAUUGCGACCUUCAUGUUGAUGAGAUGUAUUGCCUGAGGGCUCAGAUCUAUGAUUUACAGGCAGGAAAAUACAGUCCCUUCAGUGCAGCCCACUGUUUCAUGAGGUCAAAGGCACUUCCAGAGAACUUACGAGUGGAAGGAAUAAACACAAUCUACCUUCUAAAAUGGGACUGGGACUAUCAAAAAAACCCGAAUGUGACAUUUUCAGUGCAGAAAAGCUACAGUUCUCAGAAUAAUUGGGGUUUACUGGAAGGAUGUGAAAAUAUCACCACUUCGGAGUGCAAUGUGUCCAGCUUAGAUUUCUAUGUAAGAUCGAAGUUACUUGUUUCAGUUUACAAUGCCCAAACAGAUGAACACAACUCCAGCAUAGUCACUUUUUUGCCCAUGGAAGAAACUUUGAUUGGACCCCCCACAAACCUGAAAUUGACUAUACAGGACAAUGAUUUACACAUUGCUGUUGAAGCACCUGAAGGAUUUAGGCACAAAGGUUUCCAGGAUUUCUGUACAUGGAUGUAUCACCUAAAGGCUUGGAAAAAUUCAGCCCCUAUGGAAGUUAUCGCUAUGGAAAGUAAAGUAUCUCACUUUACGAUAAAAGCUGUGAAAGCCUCGGAAACCUAUUGUGCGAAUGCACAUACACGAUGUGAGCACAGCAACAGAACCGGACUUUAUAGUGAGACUUACUGCAUUGCAACUGAUCCUCGGUCUUACGUGAAAGAGUGGAUCAUAGGGUCGGUUUUUGGGGCAAUAAUUGUGAUCUCGAUCAUUCUCUACAUCUGUCUUUGCCCUUUGAAACGGUACUUGAAGCAUGUAUUCUUCCCUAAAAGCAAGCUGCCAUCAAGCAUUGAGAAGGGUCUGCAGGAUUCUCCUCCAAACUACAUUAACAACUUCUUUCUUCUCAAUGAAGAAGAGACAACGGACAAGUGCUAUAUUAUGCAGAACAGUCCGGUGGACGCCGAGGUCACCAUAGAUAAAAACAAUUCAGGUGCUAAAGGCCGCGACUCCGGGAACUAUUCCAAUGAGGAUGAGGUCACGGGCGACUCUGCAGCCACCAGUCGGUGCAUUGACUCCACUGUGUGCGUCAGCUGAGGACUCCAUAUUUUUAUGUACAAGUCUACUAUCGCCUCUGACAGUAUGUGAUCACUAUCAUUGUUUUUAUACUGACAUUUGCAACACCUCUACCUGCAUUAUCCAGAAUUUGUGUUCAAGAGAGCCUGUCAUUUACCCCAGCAGGUGACAUCUGAACACAUUUGGUGUGAGCGUACAUUUCAUGUUCUGAAUUAGCAGGACUUUACUGGUUUGAUUCAUUAAAUGUAUUUAUUUAUUUUC